GUCAUACACACGAACCCCAGCCUCUUUAAAUCGUGGGCCGUCGGCGCGCCAAAGUUUCGUUGCACAGACAUUUAGCAAUGGCGCCCAAGUCAGGUCGUCGUGGGUCGAAGCGCAAGGCGGAGGCAAAGGAGAAGAAAGAGGUGGUGGAGGAGAAAAAGGCGAAGGAGGACGUGGGGGAGAAUGACUGUGAAGGCCAACGGGUGGUCAUUGAGCACUGCAAGAGCUGACAGGUGUAUGGGCGUAAUGCUCAGGGGGUGAAAUCUGCUCUCCUGGCAGCCCAUCCUGAGCUGAAUGUGGUUCUGAACCCUGAGAAGCCCCGCAGGAACAGCUUUGAGAUCACUCUGGUGGAAGGAGAGAAAGAAAUUGUCCUCUGGACGGGAAUAAAGAAAGGGCCACCUCGCAAGAUGAAGUUCCCAGAGCCUGAUGUCGUGGUUACUGCACUGGAGGAGGCUCUGAAGACAGAAUAGAAAAACAGAUGCUUGAAAAAGGUUUAUCAUUUUUACUUUACAAAUAGUCAGAUAUCCAGACGUUUGUAGCCGAUGGAUGCAGAAUGAUGAGAAGUGACCAAUGGGGAUGUUCCCAGUCUCUCCUCUGAUUACCCAAGCUCCAAGUGCACAACAUAUGGAUAUGUGGACAUCUAGCGGUGGCUCUCCAGUAAUACGUCAAACAAAUUCCUUUCAGCUGCAGCUGUCUUUUCCGUUUAUCUACUUUUAUUGUAUCUUUUAUUGUUGUUCGUUCAAUAAAGUGAUUUUUUUUA